CUCUAACACUGUGACUUGGUCAUUGGGAUUGCCGAUACGCCGGACUUGCUAAAAUACGCUUGAUCCGUAUGGGCCUUCUCGACCAGUUGUGGGAUGACACCGUCGCCGGUCCUCGACCCGACCACGGCCUUGGCAAGCUCCAACGCCACCAUACCUUCACUUUCCGAUCUUCCUCCGGCAAGGAAUCGGAGGGUGGGAGCGUGAGAUCGUACGAUGAGGAAUCGUCUAAGGAAUCGAUGAGAGUAACGCGUAGUAUCAUGAUCGUGAAAUCGCCAGGUUACCAGAAUGGAUCGCCUCCGGUUUCUCCCGCCGGUUCUACUCCUCCGGUGUCUCCGUUUUCCGGAGCUAAAGAGUCCUUUCGGUUUCGAAGAAAGUCAGCAUCCGAUGCGCACGAGAAGAGAGGCCAGAACAGAUCGAGCCCUUCUUCUUCUAUCGAUGUGUGAGAAAUGAGCCACAUUUGCUCGUGUUUGAAAGCUUAGGAUGAAACAACCUUUUGUUGUGCGUGUAAGAAUGUAUGUAUGGGUUGAAUUGGGUUGAGUUGGGUUGUAUAUGCAGUUCACGCGAGGUAGCUUUUCGGUUUAACUUCUUAAAGUCUAAAUUAGCUGAGCUGCGUAGUUGUUGGUAAAUUGUAAGAAAGUGCAAGGGUAGAGUAGCGGUGUAUCUUAUUAUGUCUAUGUGUAUAUUCAUAAUCAAUAAGCUUUUCCUGCGUUUGCUCCACUUGUUCAUUUCUCCCAGUAAGUUUUGGCUUGCUAAAUAAAGUUUUACUUUUUG